CCAGGACCUGUUUUCAUCCUGGACGCUCAGAAGCACUUGCAGUCUUCCUGCAAAUCUUCAGGGAUACAGUGGAGACGUAUAAUCCUCGGUGUUCGAAUUUUUAACUUUGAGAAUGACGAUAUUUUGGAUUUUAUUCGUUCUCGGUGUGGUUACGUGUGGCGGAGCUGGUUUUGAAAAUUUUCAAUUGACGAUCGAUAACGGAAUAUUGAGAAGCGUUCGUAAAACGGGUCAAACAGACGAACUGGAUUUAUCUAAUUGUGGAAUAAAGGAAAUUCAUCCUGAAGCAUUUCGGGAAGUGAAUGUGAAAACUUUGAAUCUGACGGGAAAUUUAUUAACGAAUCUUCCCGGUGGAAUUUUCGAAAAUUUAAAAGAUCUCGAAUACCUAUUCCUUGACAGGAAUAAUAUUUCGAGUGUGGACGGUGCUUUUUCUGGUUUGAACAAUUUGAAGUUAUUGAACUUCUCCCAAAAUAAAAUAAAGGUGAUGAAUGGCGGUGAAUUCUACGGGAUUCCCAAAACCAGUGAAAUCCUUAUAAAAAAUAACAGUCUGUGGACCAUCAGUACAAGGAUCUUCGAAAAUCCUUUGAGUUUGAAAAUAGAAAAAAUAAAGGACGAAGAUAGUAAUAAUUCGGAUUGUCAACAAGAUACAUUUUGUUAUCUGGAAAGCGAAACUUUCUUACAAAAGAUAGGAAUUGCUUUCAAUCGCACUGCAGGACCUUCGCAGGAAAUCAAACUGUGCAUAUUCAACGGAACCUUGGAAACAGUCGAAAAUUUGGAAAAGGACGAAAUUCCAAACGAAGGAUGUAAAAGGAUAACCGUUCAUCCCAUCGAAGGACGUUUGAAUCUUCAAGGAUACAAUAUAACGAGUUUCGCUUUGAACUGGUUCAAAAUACAUAAUCUCGGUAUUUAUCAAAUCGAUUUAUCGAACAACGCCAUCGAAGAAAUCACACAAGAACUACUGAACGAUUUACCAAAAGACGUUGCCCUGGUGAAUCUUGGGCAUAACAGAAUCAAGCAGAUCAAGUAUAAGACAAUAAAAAAUGAAUUUAUAAAAUUUCUCUAUUUUCACGCCAACUUUAUUGAAAAUAUUGAAAAUGGAUCCUUCGGUGCUACGAAACUCUAUGGUCUCUAUUUGUCUCAAAAUAAGUUGGUAGAUCUGAGUUUCAUAUCGAGCCUCCCUGAUACAAUGGAAGAACUAUAUCUCUCACAGAAUCAAAUCCUGUACAUUCCUGAUGGAAUUUUCCAAAAUCAAGGAAAAUUAAAUCUUUUGAAUCUCGCGAAAAAUGAUAUAGUCGGUAUACAGGAUAAUGCAUUUCGUGGUCUAAUAUCCUUGAAGAAUCUCAAAUUGGCGUUCAAUAAAAUCACAAGGUUGGAAGCUGGAUUCUCGAAGGACCUGGUGAAACUGAAGACACUCGACUGCAAUGACAAUUUCAUAUCAGUCAUCGAGAAGAAUUCAUUGAAGGAUGCCAGAAAUCUCCGGGACCUUUUACUUGUCAGAAACAAGAUAACAGGAUACGAAAAGGAUUCUUUAGCCGAACUGCCUAAAUCUUUGAUCUUUCUUAAUCUCAAUGAAAAUUUGUUAGAAAUUCUUGAUUCGUAUACAUUCAGCAGCGUACCAGGAUUGCAAAUCCUUUUACUCGAGGGAAAUCGUAUAUCGGACAUUCGACCAGGAGCGUUAAGAAACUUGAAUAAUUUGACGUUGCUGAAUAUUUCGAAGAAUCCUUUAAAGCAGCUCAAUAACGGAUCUCUUUUUGGACUUUCGAUCAACCCCCCCACUUCUUUAUAUAUACAUGAUAACGUCCUCGAGCAGAUCCAAGGCGGUAUUUUUGAUGAUCUUUGAGAGAGAAAAUAAUAUGCAUACUAUUUAACCUAGCCUAAGCCAACCUAGUGUAACCGAAAAUAACCCGAAUAUAAAGAAACCUAACCUAACCGA